AUGCAGCAGUCUCUUAUGCUGUUUGAAGACUCUGUUGGUCACAGAGAAUACAGUCUAGCCGAUGGUCCCACUGCUUGCUCAGGACAUUUAGAAGCCCUCCAUGGUGAUACUUGGGGAUCUGUUUGUGAGAUUGACCAGGACCUUAGAGCGGCCAAUGUACUUUGUAAAGAACUUGGAUGUGGAGAAGCAGUGCCCUCAUUAGUCACCUAUAUAAGAAGACCUGGACCGAUAUGGACAGAACAAAUCCAUUGUGUUGGUAAUGAGUCCAGACUGUAUGACUGUUUAAGAGAACCUGGGGUAGAAGGAAACUGCACCAACCCAAGUCAUCCCUCCAUCCAGUGCAAAGGCUUAUUUACCAGCUAUAGACUUGUGGACAGUAGUGACAACUGUUCUGGGAGAGUGGAGGUGAUAUAUGAAGGACAAUGGAUGGCGGUGUGCAGCUCUCACUGGAGUCUACGAGAGGCCAAUGUUCUCUGCAGGCAAAUGAAAUGUGGAACUGCUGUCUCUAUUCCAGGUGGAGGAUAUUUUGGGGAAUAUAAUCUUACUACCACAUAUAGAUUUCAUUGUACAGGUACAGAAUACCACCUGGAGGACUGUGAUAUAACUGCACUUGGAAAUAGUAAAUGUCCAUCCUGGGAUACUGCUGGAGUUAUAUGCACAGAAAAUAAGCAGCUGAGACUGGUAAAUGGCUCAGGUCGAUGUGCUGGAAGAGUGGAGAUUUAUCAUAAUGGAAGAUGGGGGACGAUCUGUGAUGACUCCUGGGAUGAAGCAGAUGCAGAUGUGGUUUGUAAGCAACUGGGUUGUGGUUCUGCUGUCAGGGCUACAAGAGAAGCCUAUUAUGGGAGAGGAACUGGGGACAUCUGGCUGGAUGAUGUAGAAUGUGAAGGAAAUGAAACACACAUCUUGAAGUGUCCUUCAAAGACGUUUGGCGACCAUGACUGUGGUCAUAAAGAGGAUGCAGGUGUCAUAUGCUCAGAAUUCUUGGAUAUCCGCUUGGUUAAAGGAAAACAUGAAUGUGAAGGUUGGCUGGAAGUUUAUUAUAAUGGAAGUUGGACCUCAGUGUGUAAUAAUGUUAUGCCAGACUUGUCAGUCUCUGUUAUCUGCAAACAUCUGAACUGUGGAUCAAAAGGACAACUGAAUGUAAGAUAUGGUAUUAGAAGAAGACCCUUCUGGGUGGAUCAUAUUGACUGCACCAAGCAUAGUAAACUGUUAUGGGGAUGUCCAUCAUCUCCAUGGAAUAUAGGAUCCUGCCGUGUAGACAUUGCUUAUAUAAUAUGUGAGGAAACCAGAAAACCAGCUCAGAGGAGCCCAACAUAUCAGCCGUGCCCAGAUAAUACCACGAUUUGUCUCAUCGGAGGAGAGAACAACUGCUCAGGACGAGUGGAAGUGCGUUUCCAGGAACAGUGGGGAACAAUCUGUGAUGAUGGGUGGGAUAUGAAGGAUGCAGAAGUCGUCUGUAGACAGAUAGGAUGCGGCUCAGCUAUUAACGCUACUACAGAGGCCAUGUUUGGAAAUGGAACCGGUCCCAUUUGGCUGAGUGAGGUGCAAUGUAAAGGAUAUGAGCGAGAUCUAGAGGAUUGCUGGUCUAAACGCUGGAAUAAAAGUGAUUGUCUCCACAAAGAAGAUGCUGGAGUCAUAUGUCAUGGUCAUGAAGACCUGAAGAGUAUUACUCCGACUGUACCGACCAGAAAGAGAGCCCAACUUACCACACCACAACCUACCUCUCCUAUCUCCAAUGUGUUCCUUAUCAUCUCCAUUAUUUUUCUGCUCCUUCUCGGUAUCGCCGUCAUUACAAUAGUAUACUUGUUAAGACAAUCCAAGUGGUAUAAGAAGGUUGACCUCAGUGAUCUUGGAGAGAAGCUGGAAUACUAUACAUCUGAAGAAAGGCUUCAUCAAGGUAAUAGAGACCAAAGCUUGCCACUUUAUCACAUGAUCUUCUUAGAAGAUUUUCAGUAA